AUGGAGCACCUCGCACGCGCCCCGGCUCCUCGAUUUCGGAUGUACUGCCUCACGGCCGAAGGGAUGUACUUCAAGAUCACUGUCACUCUCCGUGCAUCAAGGGUGGAGAAGUGGAUCCGCGCCGUCAAAAGGGACUUUCUCGACGCCACACCAAUCAAGUUUGUCGGCUUGGACUACGAGUUCACCAACCCUCGCGAGGGUAAUCAGCGCGCCGUCAUCCUUCAACUCUUGGUGGCGACCGAGAAUUUGAUCUUCCAGAUUUGUUGGGCUGAUGAAGUGCCACAAGUUCUCGAGGAUUUCUAG